UAAGCCCCGCCCUUUUUCCCGGGUCUCCCUUUCUUCCCCGCCUGGCGCGCGCCGCUGCUGCUGCUGCUGCUGCAUUUGCUGCUGCUGCUGCUGCUUUUGCAUUGGCGCUUUUUUGCACCCUUUUUGGGCUGUUUCUCCCGCGCCUUUGGAUGCGGAGGGCUGCGCCGCAUGGAGGCAGCGCCCCGGGGGCUCCUUUGCCGCCUCUUCUCCCGUCCCUUCCUCCUCCUCCUCCGCUGGGAAAGAUGAUGAAGUUUCGCUUCCGAAGGCAGGGCCACGACCCGCAGAGGGAGAAGAUCAAGCAGGACCUCUUCGCCUUCAACAAGACGGUGGAGCAUGGCUUCCCCAACCAGCCCAGCUCCUUGGCCUUCGACCCCAAGUUGUGCAUCAUGGCCAUUGGGACAAAAUCCGGGGCCGUCAAAAUAUAUGGGGCUCCCGGAGUGGAGUUCACUGGGCUGCACAAGGAGACGGCCACCGUCACCCAGAUGCACUUCUUACCUGGCCAGGGCCGGCUUCUCUCCCUUUUGGAUGACAACACGCUCCACCUCUGGGAGAUCUACCUGAAAGACGGAUAUUCCCAUUUGGAGGAGACCCGGAGCUUCGUCCUCCCCGGACGCCCAGGGUUCGACAUCGCUAACUCUCCUCCCAGCAUCACUCGCGUGACGGUCAUCUCCUUGCAGUCGGCGGGCGACGUGGCCUACCUGGGCACCGAAGGGGGCGGGGUUUACGCCCUCGAACUCCCCACCUUGGCGCUCCUGGAGGACCGGACCCUCUACCAGGACGAGGUCAUGCAAAGGGUUCCGGAGGACUAUCGCUGCGGCAAGGCUUUGGGUCCGGUGGAAUCUCUCCAGGAGCACCCACGAGACCCUACCAAGAUCUUGAUUGGUUACAGCCGAGGCCUGAUGGUUUUGUGGGACAAGAGCACCCGGAGCGCUAGUCAUCUCUUCCUGGGCAACCAGCAACUGGAAAGCCUGGCUUGGGAACGGAGCGGCCAGACGAUCGUGAGCUCGCACAGCGACGGAGGCUACGCAAUCUGGUCCGUGGCAAGCGGCUCGGCAAAGACUCUGCAACCGGCCACAUCCACCAUCCCUUACGGUCCUUUCCCCUGCAAAGCGAUCAACAAGAUUGUGUGGCAGUCGUGUGACUCUGGGGGUCACUUCAUCAUCUUCAGCGGAGGGAUGCCCCGCGCCAGUUACGGGGACCGGCACUGCGUCACCAUCCUCCAGGGCCAGGCCUUGGUGACCCUGGACUUCACGUCGCGGGUGAUCGACUUCUUUACCGUGUACGACACCGAGGUAGAGGCGGAAUCGGACAACCCGGCGGCCCUGGUGGUUCUGGUGGAGGAGGAGCUGGUGGCCAUCGACCUGCGGACGCCCGGCUGGCCCACCAUCCCGGCCCCGUACUUGGCCCCGCUCCACUCCUCCGCCAUCACCUGCUCCUACCACAUCUCCAACGUCCCCCUCAAGUUGUGGGAGAGGAUCAUCAGCGCCGGGGAGCACCAGAGCCCCCGACUCUCGACAGCGAACUGGCCCAUCAACGGCGGGAGGAGCCUGGCACAAGAACCCACUCAGCGGGGGCUUCUCUUGACGGGCCACGAAGACGGCACCGUCCGGUUCUGGGAUGCCUCUGGGGUCUCCCUCAAACCAUUAUACAAACUGGGAACGGCCAGCAUUUUCCAGACGGACUGCGACCACAGCGACAGCUUGAACCAGUCCUGCGAGGAGGAGUGGCCCCCCUUUCGCAAGGUCGGCUGUUUUGAUCCAUACAGCGAUGACCCUCGCCUGGGCAUCCAGAAAAUCGCAUUGUGCAAAUAUACGGCGAAGAUGGUUGUUGCUGGCACGGCGGGUCAGGUGCUGGUGAUGGAGCUGAGUGAUGAGAAGUCAGAGCACGUGGUGAGCGUGGCCGUGGUGGACCUCCUGCAGGACCGCGAGGGCUUCACCUGGAAGGGCCACGACCGGCUGCCCCCCAAGAACGGGGCCCUGCCCUUCGCCCCGGGGUUCCAGCCCAGCCUCCUGGUCCAGUGCAUGCCCCCCGCCGCCCUCACCGCCGUCACCCUCCACUCCGAGUGGAACCUGGUGGCCUUCGGGACCAGCCACGGCUUCGGCCUCUACGACUACCACCGCAGGAACCCCGUCCUGGCCAGGUGCACGUUGCAUCCGAAUGACUCCUUGGCCAUGGAGGGGCCUCUCUCGCGGGUGAAGUCCCUGAAGAAGUCUCUGCGGCAGUCCUUCCGCCGGAUCCGCAAGAGCCGAGUGUCCGGCAAGAAGCGGGUCAACACCAGCAGCCCUUCCAGCAAGGUGCACGAGGCCAAUGCCCAGUUGGCCGAACAGCCAGGACCACACGAGGUCGAGAUGACCCCCGUCCAGCGGCGGAUCGAACCCCGCUCUGCGGAUGACUCGCUCUCUGGUGUGGUGCGGUGCCUCUACUUCGCAGACACCUUCCUGCGAGACGCUGCGCAUCACGGGCCCACCAUGUGGGCCGGCACCAACUCCGGCUCCGUCUUCGCCUACGCCUUGGAGGUCCCCUCCCAGGAGAAGUUUGCGGAGCGCUCCGCGGAAGCCGUCCUGGGCAAGGAGAUCCAGCUCAUGCACAGAGCGCCGGUCGUGUCGAUCGCAGUUCUCGACGGCCGAGGGAAUCCUUUGCCAGAACCCUACGAAGUUUCCCGGGACUUGGCUAAGGCCCCCGACAUGCAGGGCAGUCAUUCGGUGCUCAUUGCCUCGGAAGAGCAAUUCAAGGUGUUCACGCUGCCCAAAGUCAGUGCCAAGACCAAGUUCAAGCUGACGGCCCACGAAGGCUGCCGGGUCCGGAAGGUGGGUCUGGUGAGCUUUGCGAGCGCAGCCUGCGAGGAUUAUGCCGAGAACGGCCUGGCCUGCCUGACCAACCUGGGCGACAUCCACAUCUUCACGGUGCCGGGGCUGCGGCCGCAGGUGCACUACGACUGCGUCCGGAAGGAGGACAUCAGCGGGAUCGCCUCCUGCGUCUUCACCAAACACGGGCAAGGCUUUUACCUGAUUUCUCCCUCCGAGUUCGAGCGCUUCUCCUUGAGCACCAGGAACAUCACGGAGCCGCUUUGCAUUUUGGACACGAGCCGCAGCCACGAUGCCACUUGCCUCGGGAACAGUUUUGCCUUGACGCCCAAACUGAACCAAGCCAACGGGACCCACGUCGUCCGGAGUUCAGACCCCAACCGUUCCCUUUCCAGCAUCGAAAGGUCUCCCGAAGAGCACCAAGCGUCCUUUUCCCCGACGCCCGUCGACUCCCCCAACAACAGCAUCGACACCCCUCUGGAUAUGACGGGAGACAUCACGGCGGAGGAAGUCAAGGACUAUUUGACGCCUUCAGAAGAAACUGAGAGAAACCGGAGGAACAUCAACGAGGACGAGGCUCGUUCUCCGGGGAUCCUAAUUAAAUGAGAAGCCUUCGAAAGAGGCAGAAGCAACUUGGGACUCGAUUUUGCGACAGACUCUUAAAAAGACGCUGUUUCGCCGUUCAUUGCGCAACGAUUGACAACAAGUGGGAUUACCUUGAACCCAGAAACCUUCUCGUUUUCGGUACGUUUCCGAAAUUGCCUCUCGAUCCGUCUUUGUCUUUUUUUCUAACGGCGGAAAAAAAUCCUGUGCCAUCCGUUUACAACGGGUCAAUUGCGUUGCGCGAAAGGAACCGGUUGCACCUCUUGAGCAAGGAAAGAAUGGAACCGAGUCAGCACCGUUUCUUUGGAGCGAAGCCUCAACCUGAGCUCUUAGCGGCUUUUUAUAUAGGACCUUUGGAACCUUGAAAUCCUUUUAUCGUACGAUUUUUUUUUUGUUUUUUCCCGCAUAAGUAUUUUGACCUAUUUCCAGAGCCUUUGAAUUGGGAAACCGGACGGAAUCGGUACGGAGCCUCCUCCCCGAAAAGCUCCUUUUGGAGCCAAAUCCUGCCUUUUUCGGGACACUUUUCUAAGGGUUUUCCUAUAUUUGACGGUGUUUUUCUUGAAGGAUCCUUCUUAUGAAGUCUUUUGGGGGUGUCGAGCGAGUCGGGGUCCACUUUGUGGGGAAAAGCAAGACUUCGGGAGAACUUUGGGGCACAAACCUUGGUGCUUGAACCAGCAAAAAAAAAAUAAUGUCAGAAUUCACGUCCUUUUCCUGCUUUGCUGUUCGUCUACAACGUGAAUUUUUCGGACAUUUAGGCGGGAUUUCAGUCACUUUGUAAGGUAUGUUUCUCCACCCGAAAAGUCUCCUGUAAUAAGAGAAGUAUACUGGAUUGCAAAACCUAUCAUCCCCUCCUCUGCACAGCCAAUUUGGGGGAGUUAAUGAUUGCUUUCGGACAUCUGCAUGAAUUCUCUCUUUAGCUGCAUGCAGUUAGUGGCUUCUUGAAACAAAGCUAUUUUGAACCCUACAAGUGGGACUACAAGUCCCAUCCUCCCUUGUUGGGAAUAUGAUGGGUUUUGCAAUUCAGUUUUAAUUUCACUUUUGGAUUGGUAUGAACAGGGUAAGUCUAGUAUGUGUUUGGAUGUUUUUGGACUGCGUUUCCCUUUUGCAAAGGUGCAAAAUGUGUGGCCGUGCAGUCCAGAUUGACCGAAAAUGCCAUAUAAUUCCCAUUCCUGAGCAAAACCACGACUCACGUUU